CGGCCGGACGCCGGUGGGGGAAAGUGCCUGGAUUAUCGGCGCCCGCGGAGGACGCGAGGGGCGGCACAGCGGCCUAAGGCGGAGGACACCUCCCUGCGCUCCUUCCCCCUCCCCCCCACCAUCCUUGCAAAAGACCCGCCACCCUUUCUUCUCCCCACCCCCCCUCGUUUUUGAAACCGCUUCUUAAGAGGAAGGGCCACCUGCCCCCUCCUUUAAGCCGGGGCAGAGGUGGCGGGGUGGGGUGGGGGGGGCAGCAGGAUGUAAGAGAGGGAUGGGCAGGGGGGUGAACUCCCUCACCCAUUCCCCCCUUUAAUACAUUCCCAGGCCAGAUAUCAUUGGGGGAGGGGGCAAGGUUUUAAUUCCCUUACCCCCUCCCUUUAAAAAGCGAUUCUGAGUCCUAUUGGCUCCCUUCGCAAAAGCAAGGGGGAAAUAAUAAUCCUUUCUCCCCCUCCCCCCUAUCUUAAUCUUCCCUGUAUUUUCCCCCUUAUCCAUCCCUCCCUGCAUCCUCCGCGGGGCAGCUGUCAUAGCCCCCCUUUUUAAUUCCUUAUUCCCCCCCCCUUCCUCCAGGCAUUAUAAGGGCCUGGGACCCCCCCCAAACCCUUGUUUUAAAAGAGGGGCUUUAGAUUGACAGGAAACUGUUUUGCUCCUUUAUGCCUUUUUUAUGUUCUUCCCUGCUCUUUUUUAUUUUUAAAGGCAAGGUGGGCUUUUCUAAAGGGGUUUAAUUCCCCCCCCUCCCCUCCAUGCUAGGAGUUUAGGAUUUUUUACCAUCUUGGUUUUAGGGUUUUUAACAUCUUCGUUGUAGGGUUUUUACCAUCUUGGUUUGGAAUUAACCUCAAAUGCUUGCCUGUAUGAAAGGGCCACUUCUUUAAACCUUUUUUGGUGGUGGGCUUGCUCCAUCUUCCCCAAAGAGGCUUCAUCCACCCUGCUUCUCUUCGUACCACCACCCCAUGCCAGAAAACACCCACCGCCUAUGGGAAGCUGGCCGCUGCCCCCCAGCCUCCCGCCCCAGUUCAGCAGCAGCAGCAGCGUCAUGCCAGCAGGUGCCCCCUUUGGUUGGGGGGGCCCAGGACGCGGGCAGAGCCAGCCCCCCCUCUCCUAGCCUCUCCUCCUCCUCCUCCCCCAGCCUGCUGAUGUGAGCUUCGGCUUGUCCUUCCCUUUCUCCUUGUCCUCCCUGCGUUGUCCCCCCCACCCCUCAAGCUUCAUGCCCCCCUGAAAAAACAUGGAGGUGGUGGGGGAUUUUGAAUACAGCAAAAAAGACCUGAUCGGGCAUGGAGCUUUCGCCGUGGUCUUUAAGGGUCGGCACCGGAAGAAAACGGACUGGGAAGUUGCUAUAAAAAGCAUUAACAAAAAGAACUUGUCGAAGUCGCAGCUCCUGCUUGGGAAGGAGAUAAAAAUCUUGAAGGAACUGCAACAUGAAAACAUCGUGGCCUUGUAUGAUGUCCAGGAGAUGCCCAACUCCGUCUUUCUCGUAAUGGAGUAUUGCAACGGUGGAGACCUAGCAGAUUACUUGCAAGCCAAAGGAACGCUCAGCGAGGAUACCAUCCGGGUCUUCCUGCAGCAGAUCGCGGCUGCCAUGCGUGUCCUCCACGGCAAAGGCAUCAUCCACAGGGACCUCAAGCCGCAGAACAUCCUGCUGUCGUACGCCAGUCGCAGGAAGUCGAACGUCAGCGGAAUACGCGUCAAGAUAGCUGACUUUGGAUUUGCCCGUUAUCUCCAGAGCAACAUGAUGGCAGCCACUCUCUGCGGCUCCCCGAUGUAUAUGGCACCGGAAGUGAUCAUGUCCCAACACUACGACGCUAAAGCUGACCUGUGGAGCAUAGGCACGGUCAUCUACCAGUGCCUGGUUGGGAAGCCACCCUUCCAGGCGAAUAGUCCUCAGGAUCUGCGAAUGUUUUACGAGAAGAACAGAAACCUCAUCCCGAGCAUCCCCAGGGAAACAUCAGCUUACUUGUCCGAUUUGCUUCUCAACCUGCUGCAGAGAAACCAGAAGGACAGAAUGGACUUUGAAGCCUUCUUCAAUCACCCGUUCCUGGAUCAAGUGUCGACUGUCAAAAAAUCUUGCCCUGUACCUGUUCCAGCCCCUGCUGGGUCAGUCUCUGGCGGAUCCUGUGGGAGUUCUCCCUCCUGCCGGUUUGCUUCUCCCCCAUCCCUUCCAGAUAUGCAGCACAUCCAAGAAGACAACCUGUCCUCUCCUCCCUUGGGGCCUCCCAAUUACCUUCAGGUAUCUAAAGAUUCGGCCAGCACCAGUAGCAAGAAUUCCUCCUGCGACACCGAUGACUUCGUCCUCGUUCCACACAACAUCUCUUCCGACCAGUCCUAUGAUCUCCCCCUGGCCACCACCGUGGGCCGGAGAGCCUCGAGCGAGUUCCUGAUGUGUGGAGGGCAGUGCCAGCCUUCCGUUUCUCCCCGGAGCGAAACGGUGCCCAUCCCUGUCCCCACUCAGCUACGGAACUACCAGCUCAUAGAGCAGAACCUGACGUCCGCCACCAGCCCGGGGUCAAAUCCGCACGGGUCACCAAGAUCUGGGGCAGUGCGGCGGUCAAACACCAGCCCUUUGGGCUUCCUGAAGACCGGUUCCAGCUCCCCGGUGCAGGCGGACACUGUCCAGACUAUGGGGCGCAGGCUGUCCACAGGGUCUUCGAGGCCGUAUUCCCCUUCACCGCUAGUUGGUACCAUACCUGAGCAACUUGGGCAUUGCUGUUGCGGGCAGCUGCAAGGGCACGAAAUAAGGGGCCGAAGCUCUUCAGGUUCCUCGGCAACGCAGUCCCAGUCUCCACAGUCCCUCCUGUUGACAGGAGCUCGACUGCAAAACACGCCCACCCUGACGGACAUUUACCAGAAUAAGCAGAAGCUUCGGAAGCAGCAUUCCGAUCCCAUCUGCCCAUCCUACACAGGCUGCAGCUACGGCCAUUCGCCCCAGCCCACCCGACCGGUCAGUCUGGGGACCUCGCCCACCAAACACAUGGGGUCAUCUCCAAGGAGCUCGGACUGGCCCUUCAAAACUCCCCUGCCGACUAUCAUUGGCUCCCCCACAAAGGCGACGGCUCCUUUCAAAAUCCCCAAGACCCAAGCGUCUUCAAAUUUGGUGGGCCUCAUCAGCCGGCAGGCGCCCUCGGAUCUCUUGCUGCCGCAGCCGAAGGACAUGGGAGAGGUCAGAGAUCUCGCGCCCUUCCACGCCGCGCAGAGUAGCGACAAGCAGGGGAGAGAUCAACACAGCAAGACGGCUUUUGGCAGGUCCGUUAGUACCAGCAAGCUGUCAGAUCAACCAACAAAGGCUGCCCUCAGCAGCCAGCUCUACCAGGGCAGCAAUGACAGCCUUAACACCGAGCGACCGAUGGAUACAGCUCCUCCGGGGGCCUGUGGCAUCACCGGAGGACAUCCGUCCAUGCCAGUUGGAGCCAGUUCCAGGGCAGUGAUGUUCACUGUAGGAUCCCCUCCAAACAGUGCCACGCCUCCGACCUGCACCCACAUGGUUCUCCGAGCUCGGACGAUGUCAGUUGGCUCUAACAGCUCCGGAGGUUCUCUCUGUUCUACCAGUGGCCGGAUCCUGAUGGGCUCCCCCCCUGGGAUUUAUAUGGGGUCCUCGCCCCCUGGAGUGGAGGCAGCUCCUUGCUUGAAGUACAUGCCUUACGGCGCCUCGCCUCCCAGCUUCGAAGCUCCAGAGCUGCCUGAAGAAACUUUGAUGGAGAGGGAGCACACAGACACCCUGCGCCACUUGAACUUGAUGCUGGCCUUCACGGAGUGCGUGCUGGACCUGACGGCCAUCCGGAGCGGCAACCCAGAGCUCUGCAACUCCGCCGUGUCCCUCUACCAGAUCCAGGAGAGCGUGGUGGUGGAUCAGAUCAGCCGGCUGAGCAAAGACUGGGGGCAAGUGGAGCAGCUGGUCCUGUACAUGAAGGCGGCCCAACUCCUGGCCUCCUCUUUGCACCUGGCCAAAGCCCAGAUCAAAUCGGCCAAGCUGAAUCUCUCGACCGCGGUGAAGCAAGUUGUCAAAAACCUGAACGAGAGGUACAAAUUCUGCAUCGCCAUGUGCAAGAAGCUGACCGAAAAGCUAAACCACUUUUUCUCGGAUAAGCAGCGUUUCGUCGAUGAAAUUAACAGCGUCACGGCCGAAAAGCUCAUCUACAGUUGCGCGGUGGAGAUGGUCCAGGCAGCAGCUUUGGAUGAGAUGUUUCAGCAGACGGAGGACAUUGCUUACCGGUACCAUAAAGCCGCGUUGCUGAUGGAGGGCCUGGCAAAGAUCUUGCAGGACCCGGCUGACAUUGAGAACAUCAACCGCUAUAAAGCUAGUAUCGAACGGAGACUCUCGGCUCUGUGUUGCAACGCCGUCGCGGUCUAUGAAUAGAAGACCCCCUCUGCCCUACUCUCCGGGGACCACUCCGUGUAGCCAAAAUCUGGGCAUUUCCCAUCCCGAAGCAAAUCUGGCUUCUAUCGAAGGAAGAAGAAGAAGGAAAAAAAACAGAGCGUGAAACUGGGGGGGAAAAGCAAUUAACGUCAGUGGAGAAAAAAUUGUCCUUAGACUCAAUCCAUCUUUCCUUUCACAGCCAGACAGGGAAAAACUCUUUAUACCAUUUCCACUGCAAAUUUUAAUCUUGGCAAGCGACGAUUCCGCAUCUUCGUAGAUUACGAGAGAACAGAGCGCGCGUCCUUCUCUGGAGAGAUUUCUCCCCCCAAAAAAAUUUUUAGUUCCCGCUUCGGGAAACGAAUGGACAUUUGCAUCGUGGGACAAAAAACGAACAUCGUUCGCUCUGGACUUCCGUCCCGUGAAACUUCGCGGCCAGGUGUGGGUGGCGAAGACCCCCUCCCAACUUCCAGCCAUCAGGAUGGCUUUUGCAAAUAAAUAAAUAAAGAACUUGAGAAGGCAAAAUGAGAGCCCUUUGAGAAGGUCGAUCGUAGACGUACGAGCUUGAUGUUCUUCCUGACGCCUCUCGCCCGAAUACUUUAUAUUGCACUAAUUUACUAAACUGUGUAUUGGUGGGUUUUUGUUGGUUUUUUUUUUUUAAAUAAUUAAAAAAAAAAUACAGAAAAGGCACAACUUAUCUAUUCUUCCUGGCCGGGCAGAGACGGGAAACGAUAAUUCCUUAUUGACUCAUUGAGGUGCAGGAGAGCCCAAAAAGGAAAAGUCAUCGCAAAAAAAAAAGAAUUCCUCUCGGACUUCAAACCUGCAGCUUCUUAGUUUCAAAGUUGUGUAGAUAUGCCGUAAGGUGAAUUCUUUGGUUUUUAUAGCCCUUUUAUCUUAAUACUUGAGUUGUACUCCUCUAAGAGUGGCAUUUUCUCAGCCUUCUCAACUUUUUAAGAGGUGCGGACUUCCAACUCCGAGGAUUUCCCAGUUAGCCGGCUGGGGAAUUCCUGGGAAUUGAAAGUCUAUGGGUCUUUAGCGUCGCUAAGAUGGAGACAAAAAACAAAACAAAACGGACUUUCGAUAACAUUCUGUCCUAUAUCAUGGCUUGCUUGGUUACUUUCCUUCUUCUGUUGCAUGCCAAGUUGUGUGUCUCCCCGAACUCUGGGUCAAAAAACAAAAAAAAAAAGACACAGCUGCCACCUGGACAGAACAGAAGAUUUUCUUUACACAUAUACAUACAUACAUAUACACACACACACACACAUAGCAUUAAGAAAUAAUUAUAAUCAGGUUUAUCUGGAGCAGCUUUUGGGGACGUCUGUCCUGCUGCCCGUCGCCUCUUCCUCCUCCCACCCCUUCCUUUUGCGCGACUCGAAAAGUUAUUUUAAAAACUGAAUUUCAUAGUUGGACCCUCUUUAGAGGCUUUCUUAACUGCCAUCACUUGAAAGGAGGGAGAAAAAAUAAGCUUGUUUAUUUAAAAAAAAAAAAAAAAGAACCGUCAAACCUCCUUGAAUGGAAGUUGAUUGGCAUUUAAACACCAUCUGAUUUUACGGAGUGUGAAGAACAUGUCUUUGUGCGUUUUUCUCUCCUUUUUUUUCCCCUUUCCCUGUCUUUUAUUUUUAUUUUUUUUCCUUAUGACAAAGUAAUGUACUUUUUACUUUUAUUUAUCAGUAAUAAGCAAUUUCGGAAGUUUGUUUGAAAGUGUUCUAUCUUUUUUUUUUUUUUAAUUUAUACGACGUUUGUAAUUUUUAGAUCUUUAUAAUACGGUGUUUCUACGACUACCUCUCCUUUGUAACUGCAUGCGUUUAAUUCUCGACCCGUAGUGUACUAACUGAAGAGAGAGAAAAAAACCCUGUUGAUAACUUUUAUUAUGGCCUGUAUAAAUGUAUAUUAAAGUUUAAAAAAAAAGCAAGUGAAACAUUAAUAAACUGAUACUCAGAA